AUGUCCGACGCCACAGAGCAGACCGCGCCCGUCGUUGAAGAGACAGUCAUGGCCAACAAUGAGCCUGAAGUCCAAGCUACGGAGAACUCAGCCGAAGACACUCUUGAUUCCGCUGAUGGUGCCGCCAAAGUUACUGAGCAGCUAGAGUCUGCCACCAUAACCCCCGCUGUUGGUACUCCCAACGUUGACACCCCUAACACCGAUUACCUUAUCGCGAACGACCAAGACCCCAACUCUAAGAAAGUCACUCUUGCCGACUUGUCCGCAAAGGGCGCCGCCCUGUAUGCCCACAGGAACUACGAAGAGGCUGCCGAGGUGUUCUCCAGAGCCAGCAUUCUUCAAGCUGAGAUCAAUGGCGAGACAGCACCCGAAAAUGCUGAAAUCCUCUUCCACUAUGGCCGCAGUCUUUUCAAGGUUGGUCAAAGCAAGAGUGAUGUUCUUGGAGGUCCUUCUGUUUCCGAGAAGAAGAAGAGCACGGAAGGCAAGGCAAAGAAGCCUGCCCAGACCGAGGCCGACAAGGUGACACAGGAAGGUGUCGGCAUUGUCGCCGAGCAAAAGGAAGGCGAGAAGAAGACAGAGGAUAUCAAGGGAGAUAAGAAGCCCCUUUUCCAGUUCACUGGUGACGAGAACUUCGAUGAGUCAGAUGAAGAGGAGAAUGCUGAAUGCGAAGAGGACGAGGAGGAAGACGAUGAUCUGGCCACCGCAUUUGAAAUCCUGGACCUCGCCCGAGUGUGUUACAUGAAGCGUCUUGAGGCACUUGAAAACGAGCAGUCGGAAGAGAGCGGCAAGGGCAAGGAGGCUGCUGAGGAUUCGCCUACUAUUCGACACGUAAAGGAGCGUCUCGCUGACACUCACGAUGCCCUCUCUGAGAUCUCUCUUGAGAACGAACGAUACCCUAACGCCAUUGAGGAUGGCCGAACCUCGCUCAAGUUCAAGAUGGAGUUAUACCCCGAGGAGUCGGAGAUCAUCGCUGAGGCCCAUUUCAAGCUCUCACUGGCUCUGGAAUUUGCUUCCGUGACUACAGCUGGUGAUGAUGGCGCGAAUGCCAAGCGUGAAGACAUGGACCAGGGUCUGCGCGACGAGGCUGUGAAGGAGAUGGAGCUGGCAAUCAAGAGCUCCAAGCUGAAGCUUCAGAACAAGGAGGUCGAACUGGCUACCAUGGCCUCCCCUGAGGAUAAUGAACUGGCGCGAAAGUCUAUCCAAGAGAUGAAGGAACUUAUCGGCGAUAUGGAGCAACGGCUUGUUGACCUGCGCAACGAUCCGAUUGACGCUAAGGAUAUCCUGGGCGCUGACGCUGGACCCAUUGGCGGUAUUCUUGGUGCUGCCAUCGGCGAGUCUGCUGCUGAGACAAAGGCUCGGGUGGACGAGGCCAAGAAGACCGCCACCGACCUCAGCGGACUGGUCCGCAAGAAGAACAAGGACGAAUCUACUGGGGGAUCCGACACUGAAUCUAAUGGCAAGCGAAAGGCCGAGGAAUCGGUUGAGGACGCCGAGGCCAAGAAGGCCAAGGUCGAUGCCUAG